AUGGGAGCUUGGGUAUUAGCGAGUGUGUUCUACGCAUGUUUCGUGCUAACAGAAGGGCAAAGUUCCGUGGGUACCACCAGGUUCACAAUCCAGCCUAUCCCGGUCAGGCUAGCGAGACACGCUCAAGGAAUAGACGCGACGAAAGGUCUACUUGUCGGAGGUGGUAUACACAGCGCUGUACCCAUAGAAAACAACCCCGUAGCCUCGGCGACGAAUUACGAACCCUAUGACGUGAAAUAUUACAAGUUCAGCGCGGAGGACGCGAAGAACCCUAGCCCUUACGUCUACAACUAUAACAACGAGAUUGGCAGCUACGAAAACGGCGUCAAUUACAACGAGUUCACCUCUAUAGAGGCCGAAGCUGAGGGAUACAGCCAAAACUUGGACACUGCAUACGAGCAUUAUAAAACAGCUACUAGCUUCACCUUAGAAGGUCCAAAACAAUUGGAGACGAUCACCACGCACAGCUUCCACAAAGAAAGCGAGCCUUUCGAUGUGUCCGGUUUCCAAAACUCCCACAAAGAAGAUGAGGAGCAUGCCGAGGUCCACUACCACCAACACAAGCACCUGCACAAGCAUAACCACAGACAGGAGCAUAUGCACAAGCACGAGCAGAAGCACAAGCACGAGCACGGUCACGACCACGGUCACCAAGCCCAACACGAGCACAAACACGAGUCCCAUCAUAAACAUGCCCACAAGUCUGACCACAAACAUGUUCAUAAAGGCGAACAUCGCCACAGUCAUCAUCAGGAACAUAAGCAUUCCCACCAAGGCUCUCAUAAACACGAGCACAAGCACCAGCAGGAGCAUAAUCAUGGCCACCAUCACGGCCAUAAGCAUUCUCACCAUGGGGAACACAAACAUUCCCAUCAUAACGAGCAUAAGCAUGACCACCACCACGGACAUAAGCAUGAGAAUAAACAUCAGCACAAACAUGAGCAUCAUGGACAACAUAAGCAUCAUCAUGGGCAUAAAGACGAACAUAAGCAUCAGCAUCACGGCAGCCAUCACCACAAGCACUCCCAUCACAAGCACUGA